CUACCUCUCCGCCUCCUCACGAAAAAGUCUCCCGUCGAAUGAGAUCCCUCGCGCUGUGGAUGUCGGCACCCCUGUGUCGACAUCAUCGAUGCUGCUCACAGAAGCGUCCACCAGUCCCGUGUAUUAUCGAUACCCUUCCAAGACCUCGUCCAUCGCAAUCCUGAAUCGUCGAGACGCCUCACUGACCUCCUUGUUGUGGUUAACUGGCUGUGUAAAGAGGCCGUAGUGGAAUGGCACCCACCUGGUACCUGGUACUGGAUGAACAGGAAAUUCCUAUUGGCUUCUUGCAUCAGAACAUUGUAAUAAACCUGGGCUUGCAUUCAUUGAUGGAAUCUCGACAGUGGAAUUUUCUGUUUGUCGGUGGAAUUCUGAAGGCAGUUUUAAUUUGGGCUAAAUUUGGUGGUUUCAGUGCUUAAAGUGGUGGUUUUAAGGUUAAAGUGGUGGUUUUUUGAACUGAGUUUUGCGGACUGAUUGCGAUCAGAAUUUGCCGUGGGUUAGAUCAGAUCCGGCAACUAGUGCUGUUCUUUUGGGUACUAUUUUGCUGGGAUUCAGUUUGCAGAUUGAUCGCCUAAACAGCGCAUGUGUCCAUACAGCUUUAGUAAUACACACUUUGAUGACAUUCGAAGGACAUUCAGUGCAGGAUGUCUGUGAUUCCAUAACUGGGAUUCUACCGCUUCGUGAUUUCAUAACGUUCAUUGUAUUUCCCUUGUUAGGCAUGUCAGCACACAGUGCUCUAAUUUUGCAUUGUAACAGCCAAUUUUCACUGCAUGUUGUGGGAAUGUGUUGAAAUUUGUACCUGGGUCAGCGUGUGCAAGCAACGAUGAGUAGAAAAGAAUUAACAGUUAGUUGUACUUCGUUGUGAGUGUUUUUCUUUAGGGUUUGGUGCAAACGAUGUCCACAGGUGUAGAGAUGUUCGAUGUAGGAUAUGCAUUAGCGGAGAAGAAGCAGAAGAGCUUUGUGCAACCCUCUCUGAUAGCAUAUGCCAAGAGCAAAGGCGUAAACUUGGUGUGCGUGGAUUUUCACAAAUCCCUGGAGGAGCAGGGACCUUUCGAUGCGAUUAUACACAAGCACGGAGGGGAGUUAUGGACGCAGCAGCUGCUGCAGUAUAAAGAUCGGCACCCGGAUGUGGUGAUUAUAGACCCUCCCGCUGCAAUUGCGAAGCUGCAGAACCGCAUUUCCAUGCUCCAGGCUGUGGAGCAAGUGCAAAUCUCGACAGGUCUGGGAUCUUGCGGCAUUCCCAAACAAUUGAUCGUCGACAGUGCGGAAAUGCUUCACGAUGACAGUGCUUUGAGCGAAUUGACUUUCCCCGUGAUUGCCAAGCCCAUGGUGGCGGAUGGAAGUGCCAAGUCUCAUGCCAUGUUUCUGCUCUUCAACACGCGGGGUCUCAACAAACUGAAACCCCCGAUGGUGCUGCAAGAGUUCGUGAACCACGGCGGAGUGAUCUUCAAAGUGUAUGUUGUAGGCAAGUAUAUCAAGUGCGUGAGGCGGAAAUCACUCCCCGAUGUAAACGAAGAGCAAGUGAGCACCGACGAACCCUUACCCUUUUCCCAGAUUUCGAACAUGGUGUCGGGAGCCACCAUGGACGAGAAUGUUGCCAAGGCUGAGCUCCCCCCUGCGAAUUUCAUAGCAGACGUGGCUAAUGGGUUGAGGGAGGCUCUUGGACUACGCCUCUUCAAUUUUGAUGUCAUCAAGGAUUUGAAGGCCGGCAACCAUUUUCACGUCAUUGACAUCAAUUACUUCCCCGGGUACGCAAAGAUGCCAUCCUACGAAACCGUCCUCACAGACUUUUUGCUCGAUCUCCGACAUGAGAAAGCCUCUGACAGCAACUCUGAUUCCAUGUCCUUGGCUUCCAUUGCAAGCAAGCUUGGCGUUUCCGUGGAAGAGGUAUAGAUACGAGACAGUAAAGACGACAAAAAAAGGAGGUAGAUAGUAGGCUUUCAGUUGAGAGUUACUAAGUAAUGUGCUAGCCUUUCCUACGCCUCAUGAUUUGAGGUCGAUUGUGCCAAAAUACUUGAACCCUACCCUAAUUUUGUAUCUUUUCUUCUAUUCGAUGCAACUGAUUUACUUAAUGUUUAGGUUUUUCUUA